GGUAGGCGUGACAACCAAUCUCAGUACAAACCUGCGCGCUUGCGAUUGGAUUCUAUCCAAGGUUGCUCAUGUAUCUCUAGGGGGGUAUUUUUUGCAUUGAGCUUCUCUUGCGAACGUAUACCCGGUCCUUUCACCGCUGCACGAUCUUUAUUUUCGCCCAUUUCGACCAUUUUACGAACCCCCCCACUCGACUGAUCCAGUACUCAACCAUCCAUUGCCUAUAUAUUCCUCGGACUCGGCAAAAUAAAAAUGUCAUCAGCAAAGGCAAUCCGAAAGCUCAAGCACAUAAGGCAGAUUAAAUAUGCUCUUCGCCUGCGUGAGCUCGAGCGGGAGCGUCUGGCUCCCAUCAAAGAGGAGAAACGAGAAACGAAAUCGUACAUAUUGAGCACCAUGUCCACAAAAAAUAUCAAACAGAAGUCAGCAAAAGAUGCACGGAGACGAGCCCGCGAAGACUUCAAUCUCGGUCCACUCCGCCCCAAUAGAGCGGUUGGCAAAGGUGCUUCAACUUACGGUGCCAUGAAUCAGGACGAAAUGCGGCUUCCCCCUAUCCCAGACCAUUGGUUCGGUGCAUCUGAAAGCCUACAGAAGCGACUGAAGGGUAGAAUACCGGACAACGUCAUGCGCGACCAUCUCAGCAUUGUUGAAGGCGAUCGUGUGGUAAUUCUCAGCGGCAAGGACAAAAAUAAGGUCGGGGUUGUAGGAAACGUGGACAGGUCUACGAACUCUGUCACUGUUGAGCAUAGCAAUAUGAUAUGGGCAGAGGGCAGUCUUUUCAAUUUCCUCACGAAUCAGAAGACGCCAAAACGAGAGUGGACUAUGGCAUUACCUUACGACCAAGUUCGCCUCGUAGCCAAGUUGGACAAUUAUGUGCAGGAUGGGAGCGGUCGUCCGAUCAAGACGGUCAGCGAUUGCAUUGUGGAGGCGGUUGACGUAGAAAAGCACACCACGGGCAUCAAUCCUUUCACUGGAGAGGUGCAAUUCGACAUUCCCGAGGCUGAGCAGAUCGAUCCAGAAACCGAAGCGGUCCCCUACCACCGAUACGUUGCCGGCACACGUGUCCGCAUUCCAUGGCCAUGGGAGAACCAAGCGCGGAAAACCAACACAGCUGGUGCAGGAAAAUUGGAUAAUGUCGCAGAAGAAGUGAAGAGAGACGAGUCGUCGCCUGGUAUUUUUGGGAGGUUGAAGAACGCCGUCGGAUUCAAGGGCAAGGCUGCAGUAGUUGAAGAAACUGAAAGUUUGGAGGACGUGGCAGCAGUCGAGACGGACCGGGACGCAGCAACAAGGCCCAGCACCAAACCUAGAGAGCAUAAGCCAACAGCAUGGGAGGGUGAUACCCUGCGUAACGUGGUUGAGGGGCAAUCAUCCUGGAUCCCCUCUCUUGUAAUGCCCCCCUUCCCCGAGACGGUCGUCGAAGAGAUCCGCGAAUCCACGAGCGAGCGUUAUAAGAGAGAGAAGGAAUCAUCCGAACAUGCAGAACUGUUGCAAGCCCGCAAAGCCAAGAAAGCCGAGGGCAAAGCGAGAGAGGAAGAGGCAAGACAGGUGCGCAUUGCGGCAAUGAAGACACCACUGCAAAUCAAAUGGGAGCUUGACCAAGCAAAGAAGCAAAAGUACGACGCAUCACAACCCCCGAAGGUGUCGAAGAAGUUCCUUUACGCGCUAGGCAAGCACAUGGCAGCAAAUGGACAGCAAUUGAGCAGGUAAAAUCCCAUGUAGGAUACGUACGAUUGUCGCAUAAGCACAUCACCUUGUAGUAUAUUGUAGAUACUGGUGUUCUUGUAUUGUACUCUUCCAUUCGCAUUAUUUCACCUUGGACAACGACCCUGGGUAUCUAUUGUUAUGAGCCCAUGAACGCCUGUGCUAUGCCCUCAAAUACCUUUCCCGACCUUAUACUAGAAUCCCCCAGUAUUCCGCGUGUCCCCCUACGUACCCGCCUUCGCCCUCAAGCUCCUCCCACUGUACCAAGAAUCGAUCG